CCGAACACCUCGACCAUAUAAGGUGUUAAGGUUCGCCCUCACCUGUGCCUUCAGUUAACGUGUGCUAAUUCUAAAAUCCUUAAUCAAAAACUCAGAGUUCGGGAUUUAGUUCUAAUCUACGGAACUCGAUUGUAUAACGUUACAGCGACAAAUAUGCACUGCAAUAGGAAGCGUUUUUCGGGAAUAGCAAACCAAUGGACUUCACCCGAAAUCUAUUUGGUGGCGUCAAAGAAAUGUGCGGGGAAGAAUUAAAACGCCACCAAGAAUUAAAGGUUCUUGAACAACCGCGACUGAGUGGACUUUGCGAUGGAUUACCACCACUAGGAAGUUCAAGUUCGAAUGACGGUGAUAAGCCCACAAAACAGAAAAGGCAUCGCACGAGAUUUACGCCAGCACAACUUAAUGAAUUGGAAAGAUGUUUCUCAAAAACGCACUAUCCUGACAUAUUUAUGAGGGAGGAAAUUGCAAUGCGCAUAGGACUAACCGAAUCUAGAGUACAGGUUUGGUUUCAAAAUAGAAGAGCGAAAUGGAAAAAGCGGAAGAAGACCACAAAUGUGUUUCGAACACCAGGAGCACUCUUACCUUCCCACGGCCUUCCUCCCUUUGGCGCAAUGGGCGAUGGUAUUUGUGGAUCGGGCAUGUUUGGUUCAUCCGACUCACGGUGGGGUGUUGCCAGCAUGGCAACUGGAUUGGGCCAGCUCAGUCAAGGUGGAGUCUCCAUGGGAGGCUUUGGGCAAUCCUUAGGACAAUUAAACCAAAAUUCCGGGCUUAGUGCAGCAUUACCUAUAACAACAGCGACCGCCAGUACUGUUUACCAAGCACAUUACGGACUUAAUUCCCUCGGUGAUUCCAUGAUGAGUUACUGCAAUAACACCAGCGGAGGUAAUGGAAGUGGCGGGGGAGGGUCGUCUCCUCAAAAUCCCUGCUCGGCCGCUGCUACCCCACCGGGCGCGUCGGCGACAACACCCAACGAUCCAGAGGAUGACAUUUGGAGAGGGCAUAGUAUAGCAGCACUACGACGAAGAGCGUCCGAAAUUAAUGCAGCCAUACCUUCUUACUUACAAAUUAACUACGACACACACAAUAACGCAUCUGUAUAUUAAUUUAAAAAAUAAUUGGUUUCGUUCACUUAAUUAGUACAAAUGUUUAAACAGUUUCGUCUACCCUACCAAAAAUCAUACCACCUUAAACGUAGUAGGAAAAACUAGAACUAAGUUUCAGUAAUUUUUAACCUGUAGUUGUGGACAUCUUGUAUGUAUACGAUGUAAAAUAAUUUCUGUACAAAGAGGGAUCGUAAAAUAAGUGUUUUCUAGUGGAAGUACUUAAGAUAUUGUUGUGAAUUUAUGUUAACAACAAAGGAUAAACGGAAAUUUGUAUUUUUACGUAUUUAAAUCAUAAGUAACAGUAUACGCUUUUUUACAAAUAGAUUAUUAUAUUAUAGUAAAACAAAAAGUAUAAAUUUCUCGUUUUCCUUUUAAUUUCUUUGAACUCGCAUACAAAAAAAUAAAUUAUUUGUAUGUGUACGGUCUUGACUUUCGUAGUACCUUUCGUUUUCGUUAUUUGUAAAUACAAUUACAGUCGACAA